AUGGCGCAAUUUAAAGUUACAGCUUCCAUUCUGCUCAGUGCUUUGCUUUUGCAAGGAUCGCAGGCUAAGUUUUUCUCGGAGGACUCUGAGGUCCUCACUGUCAAUCGUGUACCAAAGAUUAGCAAAAGUGGCAACAAAAGCCAACCUCUAAGGGAACCGGAAUCGGUGCCUUCGUCGUCUUUUUCGGGCGGUUUUAUUACAGCCGAAAAGGAAGUUUCGACUGCCUUCCGAGACCGUACCAGUACCGCUUUUGGCCGAGUCUCCUGGGGAAACAAUACUCUCAAACGGAGCAAAAGGACAAAGAGUGCCAAAGGCUCCGACCCAGGAAGCUCAGAUUCAACUCCGGGCAGCGAGAUUCUAACUGUCAUUCGUCAACGGCAAAAACGAGGGGGUAAGGGUUCGAGCAAGGAUGACAACGCUUUACGAACGAUUGAGCCAAAAGAGAGCCCCACUCCGUCACCGGUGGACCUUUCCACUUUUUCUCCCGGUAUGAUCGACGAAACGCCCCAACCCAGCCCCGAAGAAACUUUUGCCCCCACAUUGACUGGAACGACGCCUGUACCAAGCAUAAUUCAGACAAAUCCUGGAGUACUGGCAACACCAUUUCCUACUGACGAAGAUGCCUUGCCGACGCCUUUUCCUACAUUCUUUCCAACUGCGAACGAAAACCCUUUCCCUACCAUUCCACAAAGUACAUUCUUGCCCACUCCCACACCUCUAUGCUUCGAGUCAUCGCUGGAAUUGCAAUUCGCGGUAGACGAGUAUUUGCUAGACAGCAGUCCCGACACGGAAGUGGCGUUCUUCUACGGGCAUCCGAUGGAAGAGUGGUGCGUCUCCAGCAUCGUGGACUUCAGCAACCUUUUCUCUGCCUUUCGGAAUUCGGACACCAGUACCUUCAAUGAGCCUCUGAAUGGUUGGGAUAUGUCGAGUGCCGAAACACUCGAAAACAUGUUCGCGGGGGCCGAAAGCUUCGACCAACCCCUGUUUGAUUGGGAUACGUCCAACGUGUCUACUAUGACUCGAGCGUUUAGUGGAGCAGAAAGUUUCAACAGCGACAUACGAGCUUGGGAUACCUCAAACGUCCUAGAUAUGCAAGCAAUGUUUGCGGGAGCUAUCAGCUUUAAUGGCAAUAUUGCUUCUUGGGACAUUCGAAAUGUGGAGAAUUUGUCUUUCAUGUUCGCUGAAGCAACGAGCUUUGCUGGGGAUUUAUCGCAAUGGGAACCACUCAGUGCCAUUUCAAUGGUGCAAAUGUUUCUCGGUGCUAGCUCAUUCAACAGCGAUAUUUCGAGAUGGGACGUAUCGGCAGUCGAAUUAUUCUCGAGUAUGUUCAACGAAGCGAUUUCCUUCAACCAAGACAUAUCUGGAUUCGAUUUGUCGAGUGCGACCAAUUUGGACCGUAUGAUGUUCAUGGCAGAGUCCUUUAGCCAAGAUGUAUGCAACUGGGGUUCUACGCUUGACCCAUUUUUGGCUCCGUUCGAAGUUUUUCAAGGCACGGAUUGCCCAAACGUCUCGGAUCCCAGCCUUGAUAACACCCCUCCAGGUCCCCUUUGCUUUCAAUGUUCGUAG